AAGGAGGCUGGUGGUGUUGGGGAUCCUGCCGGCGGGCGGUGGCCCUGGAGGAGGUGGGCGCCUUGGGGCGUGGCAAGAACUUCUGAGAGGCUGUGGCUGAGGGCGGGGGCCGGGCCGUGGAGGACUGUGGAGCGGGAACUUGCCGGGUGAGGAGUCCUCGCCUGGAGAGGCGGAGGCUUGUCCGGUUUCAGGGCUCGGCGGGGACCUCCGUUUCCCCACCCCCUUCACUAUGCCGGUGAAGGAGAGUGAGUCCGCCUGGAUCAUCUCUAAGCCCACCUGCUGCCCGGUUGUGAAAUGUGCUCACAAGAGGCUUUCCAGGCACAGAGGAGCCAGCUGGUGGGUCUGCUGGUUUCAGGGUCCCUGGAGGGCUUUGAGAACAUCCUGGACUUAUUGCUGUCAUGGGAAGUUCUCUCCUGGGAGGACUAUGAAGGCCUCCGCCUCCUAGGCCAGCCAUUGUCCUGUUUGGCCAGGCGCCUCCUGGACACUGUGUGGAAUAAGGGCACUUGGGGCUGUCAGAAGCUCAUCGCGGCUAUCCAGGAAGCCCAGGACAACAGCAGGUGCCCGGAACUGCAUGGCUGCUGGGACCCCCACUCACUCCACCCAGCCCAGGACCUGCAGAAUCACCGGCCAGCCAUCGUCAGGAGACUCUACAGCCAUGUGGAAGGCGUGCUCGACCUAGCACGGGAGCAGGGCUUCAUCAGCCAGUACGAGUGUGAUGAAAUCAGGUUGCCCAUCUUCACAUCAUCCCAGAGGGCAAGGAGGCUGCUGGAUCUUGCCACAGUGAAGGCAAAUGGAUUGGCUGCCUUCCUUCUGCAGCAUGUUCAGGAGUUGCCAGUCUCGUCGGCCCUGCCGUUUGAUGCUGCGGCCUGUGAGAAGUACAUGUCCAAGCUGAGGACCACUGUGGCCGCCCAGUCUCGCUUCCUCAGCACUUACGAUGGAGCGGAGAACCUUUGCCUGGAGGAUAUAUACACAGAGAACACCCUGGAGGUGAGGACGGAGGUGGGCACGACUGGAUGCCUGCACAACAGCCCAGCUGCCCUGGGCCUGGAGGAGCUCUUCAGCCCGCACAGCCACCUGAAUGAAGAUGCGGACACGGUGCUUGUGGUGGGUGAGGCAGGCAGUGGUAAGAGCACGCUGCUGCAGCAGCUGCACCUGCUGUGGGCCACAGGGCGGGACUUCCAGGAGUUUCUCUUUGUUUUCCCGUUUAGCUGCCGGCAGCUACAGUGUGUGGCCAGACCGCUGUCUGUAAGGACGCUGCUCUUUGAACACUGCUGCUGGCCUGAUAUGGGUCAGCAGGACAUCUUCCAGUUCCUCCUGGACCACCCUGACCGGGUCCUGUUGACCUUUGAUGGCUUUGAUGAAUUCAGGUUCAGGUUCACGGACCGGGAACGUCACUGUUCUCCCACAGACCCCACAUCCAUCCAGACUCUGCUCUUCAACCUGCUGCAAGGCAACCUGCUGAAGAAUGCCCGCAAGGUACUGACCAGCCGUCCGGAUGCGGUGUCGGCGUUCCUGCGAAAGUACGUUCGCACCGAGUUCAACCUCAAGGGCUUCUCGGAAGAGGGCAUCGAACUGUACCUGAGGAAGUGCCACCGUGAGCCCGGAGUGGCAGAUCGCCUCAUCCACUUGCUCCAAACGACUUCAGCCCUGCACGGCUUGUGCCACCUUCCUGUCUUCUCGUGGAUGGUGUCCAAAUGCCACCAGGAACUGUUGCUGCGGGAUGGGGGCUCCCCAAAGACCACCACAGAUAUGUACCUCCUAAUCCUGCAACAUUUCCUGCUGCAUGCCUCCCUGCCGGACUCGGCCUCCCAGGGCCUGGGCCCCAGCCUGCUUCAAAGCAGACUCCCCACCCUCCUGCACCUCGGCCGCCUGGCUCUCUGGGGCCUGGGCAUGUGCUGCUAUGUAUUCUCAGCCCAACAGCUCCAGGCAGCGCAGGUCAACCCCGAGGACAUCUCUCUUGGCUUCCUGGUGCAAGCCCAAAGUGUUGUGCCAGGAAGUACGGCACCCCUGGAGUUCCUGCACAUCACCUUCCAGUGCUUUCUUGCCGCGUUCUACUUGGUGCUCAGUGUUGACGUGCCUUCGGACUCGCUCAGAUACCUCUUCCACUGUGGCAGGCCUGGCAGCUCACCACUGGCCAGGCUGCUGCCCAGGCUGUGUGUCCAAGGCUCAGAGCCCAGGGAAAGCACCGUGGCAGCUUUGCUGCAGAAGGCCGAGCCGCACAACCUUCAAAUCACAGCCACCUUCCUGGCUGGUCUGCUUUCCCGGGAGCACCGGGGCCUGCUGGCUGAGUGUCAGGCAUCCGAGAAGGCCUUGAUGCGGCGCCAGGCCUGUGCCCGCUGGUGUCUGGCCCGCAGCCUCCACAAGCACUUCCAGUCCAUCCCACCCGCCGUGCCAGGAGAGGCUAAGAGCAUGCAUGCCAUGCCCGGCUUCAUCUGGCUCAUCCGGAGCCUCUAUGAGAUGCAGGAGGAGCGACUGGCCCGGGAGGCCGUGCGUGGCCUGAACGUUGAGCACCUCAAGCUGACAUUUUGCAAUGUGGGCCCCACUGAAUGUGCUGCGUUGGCCUUCGUGCUCCGGCACCUCCGGCGACCUGUGGCUUUGCAGCUGGAUUACAACUCGGUGGGCGACAUCGGUGUGGAACAGCUGCUGCCAUGCCUCAGUGCCUGCAAGGCCCUCUACCUGCGCGAUAACAAUAUCUCAGACCGAGGCAUUUGCAAGCUUGUGGAACAUGCUCUCCACUGUGAGCAGUUACAGAAGUUGGCUCUGUUCAACAACAAAUUGACUGAUGGCUGUGCCCACUCCAUGGCCCAACUCCUUGCAUGCAAACAGAACUUCCUGGCGUUGAGGCUUGGGAACAACCACAUCACCGCCGAAGGAGCCCAGGUGCUGGCCCAGGGGCUCCGGGGCAACGGUUCCCUGCAGUUCCUAGGGUUCUGGGGCAACAAAGUGGGUGACAAAGGGGCCCAGGCCCUGGCUGAAGCCCUGGGUGAGCACCAAAGCUUGAAGUGGCUCAGCCUGGUGGGGAACAACAUUGGCAGCAUGGGUGCCCAAGCCUUAGCAUCGAUGUUGGAAAAGAACGUGGCACUAGAAGAACUCUGCCUGGAAGACAACCAUAUCCAGGAUGCAGGUGUAUGCUCUCUCGCGGAAGGACUGAAGAGAAAUUCAAGUUUGAAAGUCCUGAAGCUGUCCAACAACUGCAUCACCUCCGUGGGGGUGGAGGCCCUCCUGCAGGCCUUGGCAAGCAACGACACCAUCCUGGAAGUCUGGCUCCAUGGGAACACUUUCUCUGCAGAGGAAAUGGAGGCGCUCGCCCACAGGGACCCCAGACUCUUGCUUUGAUGUCUUUUGGCUGAUGGUCCUCGGAUUCAACAGGCUGAACUCUAUCUGCCCAAGGACCACAGGAACUUUGCUAUCUUCUGGCCAAGGCUGGAGCCCCAGCACUCUGCAGAGUAGACCUCUGACAAGUCUAGUUUUGCCUUCAAGUUCUUUCCAAGAUCUCUUUCAUGGGCACUCAGGAGGAGCAGGCUGAUCCUCUAAGGGUUCUGAUAUGGACCAGUGGGACCUGUUGGUAUGGACACAUGCACCCAUAGGGAAGACCCUUCCCAUUCCUUUUGUGAAGAGGAGGAGUCUGAAAGGAGCAACUUCCUGCCAUGUUUCACCUCGUGGACGUCCACCCAGCCACUGCCACUUCUGGUCCCUCCACUCAUCCCAGUUGUACGAGAAGAUUCACUUCCUCGACUUUGAUAUUUCACAAGUAGCAUCUUGAGCACCCAAAAUGGGAAGAGCUGCAGCAACCCCUUGCUUUCUUUCCUUGGUGCUGAAGACAUUGUUGGAAGGAGACCCACAAGCAGUGUUUGUUCCUCCAUUCUUGAUCUGCACAAAAACCACGGCCACACGCCAGCUGGUAUCACAGGUGGACUUUUCUUUCCAAUGAAGUCAACUACUCUUCAGAGAGGCCUUCAGAAGCAGCUCCUCAUCCAAAUGCACCUGCUGGAAGUUCAUCUGGGCUGGCAUUUCAAACAGCCCUGCCACAGCUCUGGUUGAUCCUGGUGAGCUGCAUGCUGACAACAGGCUUCUGACCGUUCCAUUGUAUUUGUGCCAGAUUGCUUUGGGACACAAAGUUGCAGUGUGAAGGUUUCCAGGGCAAAUUCAGGCCCCUUCUUAGAAGCAAGUGUCUUUCUGGAUUUUUCAAAAGGAUGCCUGUGAAGCUUUUGUGAACUGCCAGGGCCUGCACCAGUGUUAUUGUGUUAAAGAUUAUUAUGUGUGAAGACUGGUUAAUAUUUAUAAACCACCUUGUUAUGUCUUCUAUCAUGUUUAUACUUUUAUAGAAAACACGACCGUGAACUUCAUGCUCUAAAUGAUCACAGGGAAUGAUUG